UUUGUUUAAACUUCCUGCUACAGAUGUUGCCUUAAAAGAUGGCCAUUAUAUUCCGUAUACGCCAUCCGAUGAAGGCGACGAUCACAUUGAGUGGUACAUUUACCCCAGCUCCACUUACAUUGAUCUGAAGAAAACACACAUUCGGCUGGAAGUAAAACUCACUAAAGGUAAUGGUACAUCCCUUGCUACAGGGGAAAAAGUUGCCUUUGUAAACAACGCCUUGCAUUCGAUGAUCAAGCAAGUCAAGGUUGAAUUGAAUAACAGACCCGUUACACUACAAUCGGAUUCGUAUGCGUACCGUGCCUACAUCGAAUCCCUCCUUAACUAUUCCAAGGAAGGUCGAGAGUCCUACUUGACUGGGGCACUCUGGUACAAAGACACGGCUGGUCAAAUGGAAGGUACCGAUAUAGCAGGUAGUGCUGUUCUAAACUAAGGCUUGAAAACACGCGCCACCUUCACGGCUCUAAGUGCAACCAUUGGACUGAUUGGACCUCUAUUCUGCGACAUCUUCCAUUCCGAGCGGUACCUACUGGACAAAAUUCCCAUCAAGAUCAGAAUUGAACUGCAAAAACCACAAUUUGCCCUCAUGUCCCACGGUGAAAAUGGGAAGUUCAAAAUUUCCAAGGGAUCAGUUCUUCGCCUGUACCACGUGACCCCCACCGACACAGUCAGGUUGAAUCACGCCAACGAAAUGCUCAAACACAACUUGGCCAAGUACCCCUUAACCACUGCUGUAGUCAAAACCGAGCAGAUCGAAAGCGGAAAACGCUCCAUACUGUUCAGGAACCUAUUCAAUGGACUCGUUCCUAAACGGAUGAUUUUUGGAAUCGUCGAGGACGCCACCUACAAUGGAUCCUACAAAAAGAACCCCUUCAAUUUCCAGAUGCCCCAGCUGAGUUCUAUCGAGGUCAAAGUGGAUGGAAACGAAACACCCAUCUCAAGUCUCAAAAAUACAGGUGGUGAAGCCAUAGAUUUGUACCACCUGCUAUUCGACAACGUGUGUGGUUCGUAUCGCGGAAGAGGACUGAACAUCUCACGGGAAGAAUUCAAGAAUGGGUACGCCUUAUUCCCCUUUGACUUCACAGCUGCUACAAAUGCCUCAUCCGGGUACUUCCAGCCUCAGUAUAAAGGUGUGGUAACGCUCGAAUUAACCUUCAGUGAGGCCACCGACAAGGUGUACAUAGUCGUGCUGUACGGAGAAUUCAACAACAACAUGGAAAUAGACUCUGCUCGCAACGUGAUGUACGACAUUCAAGGUUAAAAAACCCCUCCUCCUGUUGAAAAAUGGAUGACGGUUGGGGAAGAAUGAUGAAUCUUGGACUAGACGCCAUGAGGACCGAAGAAUUGGAAGCCAUGGCACGCAGCGACCGUUCGAAGGGGUUUUCCCCUCAGAUCGUCUGCCUUCCUUCAUCCCGGAAGACGGAAACGGGUGCGCCGCAUACAUUGUGAAUGUGGAUCCUAGCAACAAACCGGGAAGCCAUUGGUUAGCGGUCUACUUUACUCCACACCGAUGCAAAAGGUGGGAUAGUUUUGGUUUCCCUCCACAAGCGUAUGGACAGAACAUGGUCGAUUUUUGUGCCCUACGCCCCCGACUCGUGACGAAUCCACAACGUCUCCAAGCUUUAAACUCAGCCGUGUGUGGACAGUACUGUCUGUUUUUCUUGUGGCACCGUACUCGUAACAAACCUUUGGAAGACAUUACUUCCAUGUUUAGCACGCACCCCGAUUGGAACGAUCAAGUGGUGGGCACGUUUGUACACGACACGUUCCACGUGAGAGCCUUGUCACAACGACGACUACGGGCAACGUCGUGUACCGUAUUGCCCUUGGCGUCAGUGUGCUGUACCCCAGAACCAUUUAGUACGCCCUUAACGACUCAUCGACUAACA